AUGGAGCAGUGUGCGAGUACGGCCUCCCUGCUGGCCUCGGUGCGGGAGCAGGAGAGGCAGUUUGAGAUGCUGAGCCGAGCUCUUGAGGAGGAGCGGAGGUCGUGUGCCGGCACCUUGCCCCGCCCCCUCCCCAACAUGCAGAACGGUCGCAUUCCUUGUGAUGCAGACAUAGAGAGGCUAACACUGAACGAGGGUUACAUCAACGGGACACAUCACUUCAGGAUGGAUCCUGGACAGAUGGUGCAGGAGACGUACACGGUGCAGGAAGACCCUCAGGAGGCUCCACCUGUUAUCUCCGUGGAGACCAAUGAAGACGGGACCACGAGGCGCACAGAAACCACGGUAAAGAAAGUAGUAAAGACCACUACCACUCGCACAGUCAUCCCCUCCGUGUCAGACACACUGUCCCUGGAUGGCGGGGGUUCAGUGACAGGAAUGAGUGCCUGCACUGGACCGGUCUACAGACAAGCACAACCAGCUGGACCCAUGGAUUACCCCACUCACACUGUGCCCCGCAACUACCAAUAUGGACCGCCAGCGGGCUACGAAGACUACCGCACCGGGCCCCCGUCGGAGGCCUACACCAGCCUGAGCCGGGGGGCGCGCAUGGACGAUCGCUACAGACCGGUCCAUCCUGACGGUUACAGAACUCUGGAUCUGAACUACAGAGCCGUCAGCAGGAACCAGCUGGACCCCUAUGCUGCUCAGCCUCAGGUUGGGCGUAUGGGAAGUGCCGUGGAGCUCUCCUCCAUCCCCAGGUUUGUCGCGGAGCCGUACGGUCUGGAGGACGAUCAGCGCAGCAUGGGCUACGACGAGCCCGACUACGGCAUGGGACACCAGAUGCACUACAGCACCGUGCCCCGCAACCUGCAUGGCUACCAACAUGGGCCCCCCCCACGCAGGGCUGGGAGUUACGAGGGCACGUUGGAUGGCGACAUGAGCGGCCCAGGGGACCAGUACUACUGGGGAGCCGGAGCCCCACUGGCGCAGGGGGAGAGGGGCAGCAUGGCCUCGUUGGACAGCACUCUGAGGAAAGGUCCGGGUCCCGGCCCCGGAGGCUGGCGUCAGCCAGAGCUGCCAGAGGUCAUCGCCAUGCUGAACUACAGGCUGGACCCCGUCAGGAGCAACGCAGCGGCCUACCUGCAGCAUCUCACCUACAAGAACGAUAAAGUCAAGACUGAUGUGCGUCGAAUGAAAGGCAUCCCAGCACUCGUCUGUAUGCUCGACAAUCCAAACAGAGAGGUUCACUACGCAGCCUGUGGAGCGCUAAAGAAUAUUUCUUAUGGCAAAGACCACGACAACAAGAUCGCCAUCAAGAACUGCGACGGAGUGCCCGCUCUGGUCCGGUUGCUGAGGAAGACCCACGACCAAGACCUCACUGACAUCAUCACAGGGACGCUGUGGAACCUGUCGUCUCACGACUCGGUGAAGAUGGAGAUCGUGGACCACGCACUCCACGCCCUCUCCGACGAGGUGAUGGUGCCCCAUUCUGGCUGGGAGCGAGGGAGCAACGGAGCGGGAGGGGGGGAGGAGAACUGCAAGCCCAGACACCUGGAGUGGGAGACGGCCCUCACCAACACGGCUGGCUGUCUGAGAAAUGUGAGUUCAGAGCGGAGCGAGGCACGGAGGAAGCUGAGGGAGUGCACGGGAUUGGUGGAUUCGCUCAUGUACAUCGUCCAAUCCCAGAUUGACUGUAAAGACGUCGACAACAAGCUGAUAGAGAACAGCGUGUGUCUGCUGAGGAACCUGUCCUAUCACGUGCACCGUGAAAUCCCCGGCUGUGAGCGAUACCAGGAGGCCGCGCCCCUCAACCAGGGCCCCGCCCCCUCCAGCCAGAAGGGAGGCUGCUUCAGCUCCCGCAAGAGCAAAGAUGAGUGGUUUUCCAAAGGUAAGAAAGAUGACGAUGCAGCUGCAGACAUAAUAGACAUUCCAAAGAGGACCGUGCCUGCUAAAGGCUACGAGCUGUUGUUCCAGCCCGAGGUGGUCCGCAUCUACACCUCUCUGCUAAAAGAGUCCAAGAACCCCACCGUGCUGGAGGCCUCGGCCGGAGCUGUUCAGAACCUGUGUGCCGGACGCUGGACCUAUGGGCGCUACAUCCGCGCCUUGCUGCGGCACGAGAAGGGGCUACCCAUGAUGACGGAGCUGCUCGCCCACGGCAACGACCGCGUGGUCCGUGCCAUGUCCGGAGCCCUGCGCAACAUGGCCAUCGACGCUCGCAACAGAGAUCUCCUAGGGAAACACGCGGUGCCUCACCUGGUGGCCAACCUGCCCGGCGGCGGGCAGAGUCAGCCGGUGCGAGCGCUGUCGGAGGAGACGGUGGUGUCGGUGUUGAGCACGCUCCAGGAGGUGCUGGGCUCCAGCCUGGAGUCUGCCAAGACCCUCAGAUCCUCGCAGGGGAUCGAGAGACUCGUGCUCAUCAACAAGGACGGGAAUCGCUCUGAGCGGGAGGUGCGUGGAGCCGGCCUGGUGCUGCAGACCGUGUGGGGCUACAAGGAGCUGCGGCGCACUUUGGAGAAGGACGGCUGGAAGAAGACGGACUUCAUGGUCAACCUCAACCCCCCCAGCAACAACACCAGGGCCAACGGAGGAUACGAGGACAGCACCCUGCCGCUCAUAGACAAAGGGGGCAAAGGGGACCGGGAAAUGAUUCCACUGAACGACAUGGGACCAGAUGCCUACUCCACACUGGACCAGAGAGGCAGAAGGAACACUCUGGAUAACACACUCGAACCUGCUGACAGAAAUGCAGUACAGGGAGGGAUGUAUGGGGAGAGGCAGGCCUCUUUGCCUCUAAUGGAUUCUUACGAUGAAAAACUGAUAGUGUGCAUCACGAGACGACAGCCUCCUCCCACCUACUGCCCUUGCUGAACUGACAAAUGGGGGACCACAACACUACGGAUGGGACUCAAAACUCCAUCCUUUACACUCAACUCUCCUGUCCCCUCUUCACUCUUUUUGCAGCUCCUCUUCUUUCUCUUUUGGUUACAUUCCUUUAUCGCAGCUUGGAAAACUUAACAAAAUCACACGGAGACAAACGGACGUGGAUCUACGCUCCCUGUGGAAAACCGGACGAGACACUUUGACCACUUUUGUGCGCCGCGAGACCCUUAACUCCAAAACCACUCGAUCAGACACCACGGCAACAACACUACAUCUCCAAGCUACACUACGACACUACAACUCGCCUGUACAACAUUAAUUCUCUCUUCAACCAAAGGCAGAGACUGUGGUCAGAACAGGACCCUUUUUGGUGAACUUUUACACAACACUUCAAGGACAUGUCUUUUUCUCUCUCUAUGAUUGUUCAAUACUACAAACAAAUGUUUUUCCUACCAUUGAUAACCAAUGUUUAAUGAUCUAAUCAGAUAUGUGUGAAAUCUUCUGCUUCUGUUUUUGGUUGUGGUUGUUCCUCUUCUUGCUCCGCUCUGUACUACAGUUAAUGUUCAUGUGCCAAAUGACACUGCUACCGCUGCCAAUUCUAAAUGCAACAAACCGGCAUCUGCUUUGUUUUGUUUGCAGCUUGUGACGGUCAACAUGAUGCAUGGGGGCUGCUUCGUAUUUCUGUAUAGGUUUGUGAUCUGUAGAUGUAAAAGGGUGGAGGUGCCAGUAUAAAUACAAAAAUAUAAUUAUUCUCCAUCUCGUCGGUGUAUUCUACAUUUCUGUUAAGUGUAAGCAUCUUAACUUUGUGAUUCUUGGGAGAUAUUACAGGAUUCCUGGGCAGCAUUUCCGUCUGUAAAUCUUAUGAAUGUGUUCAAACAAACAGCAUCUCUGUAUGUGGGCUAACUGGAGUGCCUCGCUUAUCAGGAUAGUUCUGAUGAGUGUGCCUAACAUGAAAUAGGGGAGGGGGGGAGGUAACCAAACAAGGUGUCUUUUUCUCAGCAGUUGGGGAAUACUGUACAUUAAACUUGCCUGUUUUCUAUUCUGCAAAAAAUAAUGGGACAGGAUCUUGUUUGUGUGAUGUAAUUGGAAAUGUCUUUUUAUAAGGUAUAAAACUCUCUAAUGUACUGCUUCAAAGUCUACCUGGCUUUAACACUACACAACAGUACAUGGGAGAAGACACAGUGCUGUCUGCUUUUACCUACAUUUCUUACAUAUUACAGUUAUGUAGAAAAAUGCUUAGUGCCGACUGAGAUGUAGAUAGAGUGGAUGAUUAAAAGAAGCGGGGGGGGUAAUGUAUGUUUUCUUUUUUUUCUACCUUUCCUCAUGCCAAUUGAAUCAUGACAGGAUGCCUCAUUUUUCUCAAAUGUAACACGUUGUCUUCAAGAGUGGACUGAAAAGGGGAGAGUAAGGGUUGGAAAGUUGCAGUGUAUUGAGGCAUAGACCAGAAUUUGCUAUUAGAAAAAAGCAGAGAAAAAAUAAAAGCACAUUUAAACUAUAUAUACAAGAGAAUAUUUGUUAAUUUGAAUGGUUUUAUGUAUUUCCUUUUUUUAAAUAUUGAUUUGGGUUUAAUUUUUUCGGGUGCUCUUGGUGAAUGCAUAUGCAAUCAGUUUUUAUGUUUUAAUUAAAAAAACAUUCAGCUUCAUGUCUUAAUUAAAUGCAAAACGAGUUAGCUAAACAAAAAUCCACCAAUGCAGCCAUCAGAUAGCCUACUGGAACAUUCUUGGAACAUCUGAUUCUGGACUACCACUUAAUCUCUUUGCCUUGGCUCUUAAAAGUUGCACAUUCUCAUUUAUGAAUGAAUUAUGUAACUAGCAAUACUGUUUUUAAUAAAAAAGAAAUGAUUUCUCA